AUGGCACCUGGAAAUUCAACCAACCGCGCCUGGUGGAAGGAAAGCUCCGUAUACCAAAUCUGGCCCGCCUCCUACAAGGACUCCAACAACGAUGGCGUCGGCGACAUCCCCGGUAUCAUCUCUAAGCUGGACUACAUCAAGAAUCUAGCCAUAGAUAUCGUUUGGUUGUGCCCAUCUUACAAGUCGCCCCAGGUGGACAUGGGAUAUGAUAUUUCCGAUUACUACAGCAUUGCUGAUGAAUAUGGCACUGUUGAAGAUGUCGAGAAAUUGAUUCAAGGGUGUCACCAGCGGGGUUUGAAGCUUCUCAUGGAUCUGGUUGUCAAUCACACCAGCGAUCAACAUGAAUGGUUCAAGCAAUCCCGUAGCUCCAAGGACAACGAGUAUCGAAACUGGUAUGUUUGGAAGCCAGCCAAGUAUGACGAGCAGGGAAAUCGUCAGCCGCCUAAUAACUGGGUAUCGCAUUUCCAGGGAAGUGCUUGGGAGUGGGAUGAACGCACCCAGGAGUACUACCUUCAUCUGUACGCAGUGGAACAACCGGAUCUGAACUGGGAACACCCACCAGUUCGCCAGGCAGUGCACGAUAUCAUGCGCUUCUGGCUAGACAAAGGCUGCGAUGGGUUCCGAAUGGACGUGAUCAACUUCAUCAGCAAGGAGCAGAGCUUUCCCGAUGCACCCAUCAAAGAUCCCCGCACGCCCUGGCAGUGGGGAGAUAAAUGGUAUGCCAACGGCCCACGUCUGCAUGAGUACCUACAGGGUCUAGGGAAGAUCCUGAAAGAGUAUGAUGCCUUCAGUGUUGGCGAGAUGCCAUUCGUUACAGAUGAGAAGGAAGUACUCCGAGCAGUCCAAUUCGACCGCAAUGAGAUUAACAUGAUCUUCAACUUUGAGCAUGUCGACAUUGACCACGGCAAAUAUGACAAGUUCGAGCCGGGUAGCUGGAAACUUACCGAUCUCAAAGACUUCUUUGAGCGCUGGCAGACUUUCAUGUAUGACAAUGGCGGCUGGAAUGCACUCUACUGGGAGAACCAUGACCAGCCUCGAUCUAUCGAUCGCUAUACCAAUGCCGCGGAAGAGCAUCGCCUCGUCGCAUCGAAGAUGUUGGCUACUGCCCUCGCAUUGCAGGCUGGUACACCAUUUGUAUAUCAAGGACAAGAAAUUGGCACUAGAAAUGUGCCAAAGGAAUGGGGUAUUGAAGAGUACAAGGACAUUGACUGUCUAAACCACUGGAACAGACUUCCCAAAUCCGACCCCAAGGUCCUACAGGUCGCACUGCAGGAAUAUCAAAAGAAGUCCCGUGACAAUGGCCGAACUCCCGUACAAUGGUCAGCCGCAGAGAACGCAGGAUUCACCGGGCCCGGUGUGAAACCUUGGAUGUCCGUGAACACAGACUAUCCGCGCAUCAACGCCGAAGCCCAGGUCAAGGACCCCAACUCGACAUACCACUACUGGUCCACGGUGCUGAAGCUGCGCAAGGAGUACCUGGAUGUUUUUGUCUAUGGUGACUUUACGCUUUUAGAUAAACCAAGCCAAGAGAUCUUCGCGUAUACCCGUCAGUAUAAUGACCAGAAAGUCUUGGUUUUAUGUCAUUGGACCGAGAAAAUUCUGGAGUGGGACGCUGCUGGCAAUGGCAUUGCUGGAGUGAAAAAGGUUCUCCUUGAUACCUAUGAGAGUGCAGAUGCCGUUGCGCAGCGCUUCUCUGGCGGAAAAUGGGAGCUUCGACCUUAUGAGGCACAAAAUGACAACCAACGAUCAACCCCCCUUCCACCACACUUAGACCCAAACACCUACCCACGAACCUGGACAGAUACCCCAAAAAACAUCCACCUAACCCUAACAUACACACCUCUCGACGCAACAACCCAGCUGAACCAAACAGCCUCCCCAGCUGCUGGCGCAAACAUCCUUUUCCUAGGAACAACCCGCGACACCUUUGAAGGGCGCCCCGUCAGCCAACUAAGCUACACAGCAUAUCCACCGCUAGCAUUGAAGACGCUAGCGGCGAUCGCGGAGGCAGCUGUUGAAGCACAUAACCUUGUUGGUGUGAGCAUUGCACAUCGAUUAGGUGUUGUGCCUAUUGGAGAGGCUUCUAUUUCGAUUGCUGUUAGUUCUGGACAUCGGGGGGCUGCGUGGAGGGCUGGAGAGGAGAUUCUUGAGGCUUGCAAGGAGAAAGCCGAGAUCUGGAAGCGAGAGGAGUUUGUUGAUGGGGGGAUGGAGUGGAGGGAUAAUGCGGAGAGGGAUGGUGAGGGGAGGUUGGUGAAGGGGAAUGAGGGGGUAUAG